CGGCCCUGUCGGUGGGUUUAAUCUACCCCACACUGAGCAGCGCGCUGUUCAGAGCAGCAGAGCGCUCCAUCAGCCUGGUAAGCCGAUACCUAUCUGCCACGUUCAUUCCUUCUCGGCGGAUCCACUGCUUUGCUUCGGACAUGAAGAACAAACAUAACCAACAGGUGAAGACAUCGGCUUCCAACCGAUUCGACAUGUCCAGCUUUGAGGUGUCACUCCAGCAACUCAACGAUCUGUUGACGGACGAAAGCGGCUUCUACAGCUGGCCAACAAAACACUUCCACGAGGUCUACCCGAGGAUAUACGUCGGCAAUGCAUUUGUGGCGACGAAUGUGAUGCGCCUGAAGCGCCUGGGCAUCACCCACAUCCUGAACGCUGCAGAGGGAAACUCCUUCAUGCACGUCAACACCAGUGCUGAGUUCUAUGCUGGCACAGGCAUCAUCUACCACGGCAUACCGGCCAGCGACACAGACCACUUUGAUAUCAGCGUUUACUUUGAAGAGGCGGCCGAUUUUAUCGAGAAGGCUCUGGCGUACAAAAACAAAAAAGGUAAAGUGUACGUCCAUUGCAGGGAGGGCUACAGCCGCUCGCCUACCUUAGUUAUCGCCUACCUGAUGCUGCAACAGAACAUGGACAUCCACACUGCUCUGGCCAUGAUCCGACAGAAAAGAGAGAUCGGACCCAACGACGGCUUCCUUCGGCAGCUCUGUCGGCUAAACCAGAGGCUGUCUGCUGAGGGGAAGCUCUGGAACAAAUGAGGCAGGCAGGAAAGCAUGCUUAUGCUUAAUCGCACACCCGUCCUUUCACUUGUUCUACAGCCUGAACGAGCCACAAAUAUGUGAGGGAGUGCCUGCUAAACAUGGAAUUUAAUGUAUAAAUUCGGGUACACUGAAUUCCCAGCAUGUUUACAGGGUCUCACGUCUGUGAAUAUUACGUUCAUCUGAGCUCACCUCGUAUUUUUCAGAUCCAGUCUGUGUAGCGUAAAUAUUUUCCUGUUGCUCACUGUUUCAGAGAACAUUUUAAGAUUAAGAAGUAAAUGUUGAUAUACAUUUAUAUAUGUUGGAAGUGGUGAAAAUUUAGAUAGUAUAGUUCUGUGUGAUACUGUCACCGCCUUUUCUCAUUGAAGCUUCCCUUCUCUUCCACCCUCGUGGAGUCGAGCCCUUAGUGUUGGCUUCUCUCCUGAAAACACUGCCAAAUGUCUCAGUGGCAGCCGCUGCCGAAGGGGACUUCAAGUGGAUACUGUGAUUUUUCAAAUCGAAUCAAUGAUUUUAUUGCACUAGUUGGAAAGAUAUAAUAGCUAUUUUUCAACUUCUAAUACUCUGACACUUAUGUACAAUAUCGAUGUUUAGUAUAUGCUUUAGGUAAGUGCACAUAUUCUGACCUCACAUCUGAUAGCCUGCCUCAAAAGUAUUUUUCAGUCUAAACAUCAUUCUACAGUUAUUGUGCUUUAUAGAGAAAUGUUAAAAUGUUUUACAUUGCCAGAUGGUUACCUUUUUAUUAAAGAGAAACUAAUGUACUUUAAUAUUAUUGGACCUGCUAAAAAGAACUAAUUAUUUAUGAGAGUUGGAUGAAAAGAUUGAUGAAAACACAAACCUACAGCUGCCAGUUAGCUUAGCACAAAGGAAAAUGCUAUGCUGUAGCACAGUAGCUAAUAUAAAUAUCAGAAGAAUUAUAGUUAGACAUUUUGGUAUAUAGUAUUUUUGUAGAAAUUUAAUCAAACAAGGAAAAGCAUGUUAAAUAUUGAGCUUUACAGUUUUGUGUGUACCAUUAUGCAAAGGUAGGCUCUUUGUUUUGUUUUUUCUUUUUCUUAUUUUUCAAGCUAUGCUAGCUACCUGCUAAAAGUAGCUUUGUACAUAUUUAGUAUACAAACAUGUGGUAUCAGAGAACUUCUAAUACAGAGCUCAACAGUAACAUACUCCCUUUUUUUAAUGGUUUAGGUUCCAUUUUUACCACUGAUGUUUCAGAAAAACCUUAAAUAUAAACAUUUGGGUCAUGAAUCCAGCUAACAGGCUACAAGAUGAUCAUGACCAUGAAGAGAUUUGAUUUUUAAUCCCACUACAAAUACCAGAUACCACAUCAAAUGAUCCUUUUCAUUAUCCCAGUGCUGUAUAAUAGUUAUGAGUAGUUAAGAAUAUCCUUUUUGAGCUUCUCCUGUGCGUGUACGUGUGUGUGUAGUGGAGUAUAGCUUAAAUAAUGAUAUGAUACAGUGCUUCAUUUGUUAUUGCAAUCACUGUUCUCAGUUUCUGAGAAAACCCCCCACAAAUCUAAAAUUUGAGGGUAUCCAUAAAUCACAUUUUUCAAAAUAAAAGGGAUAGAGAUAAGCGGUACCGUUCAAUUUGUUGUUCCUUUAGCCAUUGAACUCCUUUCGCUUGCAGUCGUUGAGGACCAUCUUGCAAGUGUCCUCUGUUGAGCUUCUAACUGAAAUACAGCUAAAUGAGAUUAGCAGGACGUUGAAUUGUGCUCCCUUAUUGGCCCCAGUGGUAUCAAUCCAAUCAUCUAACUCUCAUCAUGACCAUGAAACUAUUUUUCAAAAUGUCAAACUCUUCCUUUAAUGUUAGCUUUGGGAGAUUUGAAUUCUUCCACUGAGCAACUCUAUAAUUGUAAACUGAUUGUAAUGUUAAUACUGCCAAAACAAGACAAUUGUUUGCCAGUUGCUUCUCAGUCAACGCCUUUUGCACAUUUGUAUGUUCAUAUGAGUGUUUUUGUCAAACUAUAUGUAGUUUUAUAUACGGCAGCAUGUCAAAGUAACACUUUUAGCCCUGUGUACACACAGCUGUGUAUAUCUGCUGAGUCAUGGUGUGCAUUAUUAAGUGUGCAUUAUUCGUCACAAUGUGCAUUAGUGUGCCUGUGACUUGUGAAUCAUCAUGUGCAUUACUGAGUAGUGGUGAUAUAACUGGUCAUGUCAGUAGACUUUCCGAUGAUGACACUGCUCUUAUGAAGUGCACUUUAUCCAAUGACGCUGGUGAUUGUUGUAGCUCUCUUUUCAUAUAUUCAUAAAUAAAUAAGUGAAGUAAA